AUGUCUCAAGACGGUAACAAUUAUCAUUCCAACUUUCAAACUUCGCCAUUUGAGUCGAGUGGAUUGUAUCAUACUGAUAUGCAGAUGCAAUUUGCUGCCAGUGUGCCUCACCGCCCAACUACCACAUCCAACAUGAAUUUCUCACAAGCCCCAUUUGCUCAUCAAGAUGUCAUGAUGCCACCGCUUUCAUCCCAAUUUUCCCUAAAUUACCCAACAAGUCCGUACGAAAGGUCAGACGCAUCAGCUUCUUGUACAACAAACAUGGCAGGGAAGCAAGUCCAAUCCAAGGCUGAGCGCCGAGCUGAACACAAUGCCAUUGAGAGAGCCCGACGUGAGAGUCUGAAUGUGAAAUUUCAACAAUUAGCCUUUACUUUACCCAACCUGCAGAAUGACAGCAGACCUUCCAAAAGCACCAUCAUUGACCGCACACUGGAUUUCGUCAAGGGCGCUAUCCUAAAAGAAGAACGCAUGAAUUAUAGAAUCAAGGAAUUGGAGAAAUUCAGUCGUUACUUACUGUCCGAAUUAGACAAGAAAUCUGCUGAA